UCAAAAGCCCAAAGCAACGAGCUAAGAUUAAAGAACUGACUCACACUGUCGAAGCCGCUCAGUUGAGAACUAACGAUGGCGUACUCCGCUGCCAGACGUGGCUUAUCGACCAUCCUCAACCGGUCUCUCUCCUCUCCUUCUUCUCCUACCUCGUUCUCAACUCGCCAUCGCCUAGCUUUGGCGUUACUCAAUCAACAACCCCAACUCGUCCCUAGCUCAGUAAAUGCUCCUGUCCGGUUCAAGGCUUCUGGGUCCGGUUACUCGCCUCUAAACGACCCAGCUCCGAACUGGAGCAACCGCCCACCUAAGGAGACUAUUCUUCUCGAUGGCUGCGAUUACGAGCACUGGCUUAUUGUAAUGGAGUUCGCCAAUGACCCCAAACCAUCUGAGGAUGAGAUGGUCAGUUCAUAUGUCAAAACCCUUGCCACUGUUCUUGGGAGUGAAGAGGAGGCAAAGAAGAAGAUAUACUCUGUUUCCACAACUACUUAUACUGGUUUUGGUGCUUUGAUUUCAGAGGAGCUUUCCAUCAAAGUUAAAGAACUACCUGGUGUCCUUUGGGUUUUGCCAGAUUCAUAUCUUGACGUUCCCAACAAAGAUUAUGGAGGAGAUUUAUUCAUAGAUGGGAAAGUGAUACCUAGACCACAGUUCAGGUUCACUGAUAGACAACAACAACCAUCUAGGAACAGGCCUCGAGCACGGACUGAUAGGCGUAGAGAGCCAAUGCAGAGUGAAAGGAGAGGACCAAACGAAAGAUAGACUGACGAGUUGUGUUGAAGGUGCCUGUGCAGCAUCAGCAGAUUCUCAGGGUGAGGCCCGGUGUUUAAUCAAGGAGAUGUUUCAGAAACAAUGUCUGAGAUUUUCAACAACUUUUUUUUAAUGGGAAAAUCAGAGGUUAGGAUAUUGAAUUGUGAUCUUAAUUUUUAUAUAAUGGUUUAAGAAUCUCUUAUUGUAAUUAUGUAAGGUGAACUUGUACAUGUUAUCAUCUGUGUGUGUACAAGUUCAUUGAGAUGGUUUACAUUUGCUAGUGUUUUUCUGAGAUUUCCUUUAAUUUAAGGUUACUUAAUAAUACUUGCCUUAUCCUCUUUUA